UUUUCCUUACUUCUUCCUUCUUCACACACCCUAUAUAUUUCCCUCUUUUGAACCUCAUUUUCUUUUUCCGUCGAGAAAUCGGCGACCACUUUAGUCUUUUUCCGACCGGUUCAUCUCGUCGUUAGGGUUUCUCAUUUCACCUAUGGUGACUUCGAAUCUCUCCGAUCGUCUGCAACCUCUGCAAAUCACCUACUCUCUCUAAACUGAUUCCUCGAUCCCAACUGGUGGGACAGCAUUGUUAUAUACAGCUAUUCAGUUUUGUUUGGGAGUUUUAGAUGCCAAUACCAAUACUGAGGGACUGCAGCACUCCAAAUGCAAUGUGGUCUGAGCAGAAGUUUGGGAAGCCAGAGGGGAGUGAUUCCAUUGACAGUUUUAUCAGACAAGCAAUAGGGAAAGAGCCUUUUCUUUCUUUUUCAAGGGCUGGUGACAAUCCGGUCCAGUGGAUUCAGUUACUUCAUGCUUUAGACCAGCAAGGUACUAACAAGUUCUCUAAAGGUCCAAAGUUUAACGACAGCAUAGAAGGGAAGGAACGUCAUCUGGGGCACUAUAAUGGUGUUAAUUCAUAUACCUCUUAUUCUAAUGGGGUAAAGGAAUCUAUUCACCAUAUAAACAGUAGCGGAGUCGCUGUAAAGGGGACGAAGAGUGCCUCUGAACACAUGCAAACUCUCAAAAUCCCUGAGGCUGUUGUUGCCUUUGCUCAGGCCGCUGCUAAGGCCAAUGGUGAGCCUGAAAAAUAUCUUCCAGGAUGGCCCUUGAUAUCUCCGUCUAAGGCUCCAAUGCAAAAGUGUGAUAAGUGUUCCCGGGAGUUUUGCUCACCCAUUAACUAUCGAAGGCAUAUACGUAUACAUCGUCGGUCUUUGAACAUUGACAAGGACUCUCCUAAAAACAGGGACAUAUUGGGUGUAUUUUGGGAUAAGCUCUCUUUGGAUCAGUGCAAGGAAAUUUUGUCAUUCAAGAAUGUAAUGCUAGAGGAAGUUCCUGGGUCUUCAAUUAUAAGGGCAUUGGCAUCAUUUAUUCGGAAGCUGGGGUUUUCUUCGUUGCCACAAACUUAUGUAAAGGCCGGUGAAGCCCUUCUGGAUGUUGUUCAAGCUCGACCUUCCAAGUUUCCUUUAUCGUCCAAUGAAUUAUUUAGCAUCCUUGAUGAUGCAAGUGAAAAGACCUUCUUGUGUGCUGGCACAGCUGAUUCCCUGCAAAAGUUUGUUUUUGAUGGAGAAGCUGGUAAGGUUGGUCUUGACAUGAAGAAUGUAGUUGCUUGCACCAGUUUCCUGGUGGAACAGAAACUGGUUAAAGCAUGGAUUGCUGAUAGGGAUGCAGAAGCCCUGAGGUGCCAGAAGUUGCUUGUAGAGGAAGAAGAAGCUGCUCAGAAGAGGCAAGCUGAGAUCCUAGAAAGGAGACGGCUGAAGAAGCUUAGGCAGAAAGAGCAGAAAUCAAAGGAACAAACAAGUGGGGAAAAGAUGGAUUUCAAGGAAGGUUUGCCAGAAACCUAUGAGGACUUGUCUUAUUCCGCAGAAACAUCCAGUCCAGUAGAUGCUUCCAAUUAUCAUUCAUGCACUCCUGAAGGGUCAUUAGAUCAUAUUCAACAUGUGGAGCCUAGCCGGCUUUUGGACAUUGAUCUAGAAGUGGAUACCAGAAACCAUGCAGGAUUUAAUGAACCUGACACUGAGAUGGCCACUGGUAAAACUAACUCAGCCAACUGUCAGGACGAUGAACAACAAUUGCAGCAGGAAAGUGGUAGGCGACAGGUUUUUGCUGCUCGAAGACAGCUAACGAAACCAUCAAGGGGCAUAUCGAAAGGUUCCCAUUCAGGUCAGAUGCCUCUGGCAUUGAAGGUGGGAGCUAUACAGAAGCAUGGAACCUACAGGGACCAGAGAACCACUUCUACAAGUAAUGGUCAUAAGGUCUGGACGAGGAAGGAAAAACAUGAAAAUGGAGAAGAGGGUUUAAGCGUGAAGGCACAAAGAGAAUGUAUAGAUGAACAGGAGCAAAAUGGGAACAGCGAAUUGUUGAUAGGUUCUAUUUCUGUCACACUUGGAGAAUGUAGUGACAGGUGUCAGGUUGAUAUUUCUGCUGCUUACAUUGGUCAUUGCACUUCAGAUCAACAUGUACCCAGGAGAAAUCACACCCAAGAGAAAGCCAUCAAAGCCGAUUAUGGUCAGGGGGGCAUUAUGAACCGAUCGAUGGUCAAGCUCUGGAGACCAGUGGGGAAGCAUGAAGCUGGAGCUGUUAUGACAGUUCAAAGUGAAACUAGAGAAUCUGAAAGGGAGGGCACCGAACAAAUUCUGUCAAAUAAGUGUCAUCUGGCUCCAGGAAAUAUAGAUGAUAAUGAUUCUGAGAGUAGAAGCUUUUGUUUAACAAGUUUCUCGAGUCGUGUAGCAGAAGCUUUCCUUGCGCAACGAUGGAAGGAGACUAUAGCUGCUGACCACGUGAAGCUGGUCCUAUUUCCAGAAACUGGACGUCCGGGAAGCCCUGGGGUCGAGGAUGAUUACAGUAAACGCAACAUCCUUGGCAAUGCGGAGAACUUGUUAACGGGUGUGGGUACUGUCGAAGUUAUCAACACAGGGGCAAAUAAAGCCAAAUUUAGAGGAAAGCCUGAAAAAAGCUUUAAGCUAAAGUACAUACCUAAGCAGAGAAGCGUUACUUAGGUGAAUCUAUUUCGAUAUUGUCAUCGUGCAUUUUCACCACUCUUGAAAUACUUACAGAGGUUCCAGUUUUAAAAGAGGUCUUCUGUUCGGAGAAAAAGAUGAAGGGGAAGAAAAUAGAAAAAAAAAGUUGGAAGAGAAUUUUGGCGGAAUAUGCUUUACAAAUCUCUUUGGCGGUCUUUGUAUUUCUUUGCUAAUUGGGUCUUUCUGUUCAAUUAUCGAUUUCUUUUUUGUCUGUAAUAAUUUUGGUUUUUCGGCUAGUGUUAUUGCAAAGCUCUGGUUUUGCUGCCUUUUAUGCAUAUUUCUUGAAUGUAUCAAGUUUGAUAAUUGUUUAGCGAAUUCAUUGCAUCUAGACGCCUAUUGUCCUUUUUA